AUAACAUUUUAAAAACUGUAUUCUAAUCUAGUAAGCGGCUUGCUUUUUCAGUAGUCGCAGCUACUAAGCGAAAACAAAGAGAAAAACCUAAAUAGUCUAAAGACUAAACCUCCAAAAACGAAAAUGACCGAUUACGAAGCUUGCUACCAGAGUAACGGAGAGGAUCUUGAAAACAGCAAUGGCGGUGUUCCCUCUCCUCAGCCUCGCGAAGGUAGUCACGGUGGGCUUGAUGAUCACCGCGAUUCCAAAUCUCAGCAUGGAUCACGUGAGCACGAGAGAGGGUCUUCUAGAAGUAGGGAAAAAGAGAAAAGCCGCGAUAAGGGAAGGGAUAAGGAUUCUGAUCGACAUAGGGACAGGGAAAGAGACAAGGAGAGGGAAAGAAGUAAGGAUAGGGACAGAGAAAAGGACCGUGACCGUCAUCACAGAGAUCGUCGUAGGGAUCGAAGUAGGGAGCGGAGUGAAAGGAGAGAAAGGGGAAGAGAUAGAGAUGAUGAUGAUUAUCACCGAAGUCGAGACUAUGAUAGGAGAAGGGAUUAUGACAGAGAUAGGGGGGACAGGAAUAGGCGUGGGUCUCGUAGAUCUGAACACAGAUCAAAGUCAAGGUCCCGCUCUCGCUCACCCUCAAAGAGCAAAAGGAUUAGUGGCUUUGACAUGGCACCUCCUGCUUCAGCAAUGUUAGCUGCUGGUUCUGGUGGUGCUGCUGCGGCUGCUGCUGCUGCCGUCACUGCCACCACAGUCCAGAUUCCAGGGAAUAAUCCAACCCUACCUGGAGUGUUUCCAAACAUGUUUCCUCUGGCAACUGGUCAGCAGUUUGGUGGUCUCCCUCUUAUGCCAGUUCAGGCAAUGACUCAGCAGGCUACGAGGCAUGCUCGGCGCGUCUAUGUUGGAGGGCUUUCUCCCACUGCAAAUGAACAGUCAGUCGCGACUUUCUUCAGCCAGGUUAUGGCUGCAAUUGGUGGAAAUACUGCUGGUCCUGGGGAUGCUGUUGUUAAUGUCUACAUAAACCAUGAAAAGAAGUUUGCUUUUGUAGAGAUGAGAUCAGUUGAGGAAGCUAGUAAUGCGAUGGCUUUAGAUGGGAUUAUCUUUGAGGGAGCACCUGUGAAGGUUCGGAGACCCAGUGACUACAACCCUUCGCUUGCUGCAACUCUUGGUCCAAGUCAGCCCAGUCCCAAUCUUAAUCUAGCAGCUGUAGGUCUAUCUCCAGGGUCUGCUGGUGGGCUUGAGGGUCCAGACCGCAUUUUUGUGGGGGGGCUUCCAUAUUACUUUACUGAAGCGCAGAUCAGGGAGUUGUUAGAGUCUUUUGGACCCCUUCGAGGUUUUGAUCUAGUAAAAGAUAGAGAAACUGGAAACUCAAAGGGCUAUGCCUUCUGCAUAUAUCAAGAUCUGUCAGUUACGGACAUCGCUUGUGCUGCUUUAAAUGGAAUUAAAAUGGGUGAUAAAACUCUCACUGUUAGGCGAGCAAACCAAGGUGCUACCCAGCCUAAACCUGAGCAAGAGAGCAUCCUUCAGCAUGCACAGCAGCAGAUUGCUUUGCAGAGGCUUAUGUUGCAACCACAAGGUGUGCCCACAAAGGUUGUGUGCUUGACUCAAGCAAUUAGUGAAGACGAUCUUAGAGAUGAUGAGGAGUAUGGGGACAUUGUUGAAGACAUGAGGCAAGAGGGUGGAAAACAUGGUGCAUUGGUGAAUGUUGUCAUACCCCGCCCGAAUCCAAAUGGUGAAUCAUUACCAGGUGUUGGGAAGGUAUUUCUGGAGUACUCAGAUGUGGAAGGUUCCCGAAAAGCCCAAGCUGCAAUGAAUGGAAGGAGAUUUGGUGAAAAUCAAGUAAUUGCUGUGUUCUAUCCUGAGAACAAAUUUGCACAGGGGGAGUAUGAUGGCUAAUGAGCCAUAUCUUAUCUGCUCCGCCUAUGAUGCAAUGUAGUUGUACGAACUGGUUCUUUAUUCGUUUAGGUUUUUAGAGUUAAGAUAUAGACAAGGUAUAAGAAAUUUAUCCAUGACUCCCACCUCUUAUUGUAAUUCUAAUGUUGGUUUUGUACCUAAUGCCAAUUGCCAGGUUUGUGA